GUCACGAGCUCUCCAUGAAAGUCAAAACAACCGCUCGGCCGCGGUGACGUUUUCCCUCCGCGGAAAUUGUCCCCGUUCUUGAGCCUUUCGCGAUUCAAACGACUAUUUCCGGUCCGGUCCCUUUUUAACCUGGCUCGUCUCGGCUCGGCUCGGCUCGGAGUCCGGCCCGCAUAGCUUUACGUGACGGCCGAUGAGGAGGAGCAGGUGCACGGGGACAGACCGCAGCACCUGCCGCUACAGGCUGAGUCACUGCUGGUGAGGAGGAAGGUCUGGAGAGGGAACGAGAGAGGAGGAGGAGGAGGUGGUGGAGGAGGGGGAGAAGAAGAAGAAGAAGAAGAAGGGAGGGAGGGGAGGCAGGGAGAUAAGCCACAACAGGAAGCAAAACGACACACACGCGUACACAAACACAGUGUGUGCGCGUCCGAGAGAGAGACUGCGCGAACAAGAGGGUGAACGGGAAAGGAAGGGAGGGAGAGUGACGCGGAGGCUGGGAGAGCCUGGCCCCCCCCUCCUCCUCCUCCUCCUCCUCCUCCUCCUCUCCUCCUCUCCCUCUCUUUCUCUCCUCUCCUCCUCUCCUCCCCUCCUCCCCCUCUCUCUCUCUGUGGAGCAGGCGUGUAGCGGCAUCAGACUCGGCGUGAAGGAACCAUGAGCGAUGUCACCAUCGUUAGAGAGGGAUGGCUCCAGAAACGGGGUGAAUACAUAAAGAACUGGCGACCGCGUUACUUCCUGUUGAAGACAGACGGCUCCUUCAUCGGCUACAAAGAGAAACCUCAGGACGCAGACCUGCCCUACCCCCUAAAUAACUUUUCUGUAGCAAAAUGUCAGCUGAUGAAGACAGAGAGGCCAAAGCCAAACACCUUCAUCAUACGCUGCCUCCAGUGGACCACAGUCAUCGAGAGGACCUUCCACGUGGACACUCCUGAUGAGAGAGAUGAGUGGACUGACGCCAUUCAGAUGGUCGCCGACAAGCUGCAGAAACAAGAGGAGGAGAGGAUCCAGUGCAGCCCCACCUCCAAUAUCGACAACAUGGUCGAGGAGGAGAUGGACAUCUCUACCACACAACACAAACGCAAGACAAUGAGUGACUUCGACUACCUGAAGCUGCUGGGAAAGGGAACCUUUGGCAAAGUGAUUCUGGUCCGAGAAAAGGCCAGCGGGAAAUAUUAUGCCAUGAAAAUCCUAAAAAAAGAAGUCAUCAUAGCCAAGGAUGAAGUGGCUCACACACUCACGGAGAGCAGAGUGCUGAAAAACACCAGACAUCCUUUUCUCACCUCGCUGAAGUAUUCAUUCCAGACUAAAGACCGCCUCUGUUUCGUCAUGGAGUAUGUGAAUGGAGGAGAGCUGUUUUUCCAUUUGUCCAGAGAGCGGGUGUUCUCGGAGGAGCGCACGCGCUUCUACGGCGCCGAGAUCGUCUCAGCUCUCGACUACCUGCAUUCCGCCAAGAUUGUGUACCGGGACCUCAAGUUGGAGAACCUGAUGCUGGAUAAAGAUGGCCAUAUCAAGAUCACUGAUUUCGGCCUCUGCAAGGAGGGUAUCACAGACGCUGCUACCAUGAAGACCUUCUGUGGCACUCCGGAGUACCUAGCACCAGAGGUCCUGGAGGACAACGACUACGGUCGGGCGGUGGACUGGUGGGGUUUGGGUGUGGUGACGUACGAGAUGAUGUGCGGCCGACUGCCGUUCUACAACCAGGACCACGAGAAGCUGUUUGAGCUCAUCCUCAUGGAGGACAUCAAGUUCCCUCGCACUCUGUCAUCCGACGCGAAGUCGCUGCUGUCCGGCCUGCUCAUCAAAGACCCCAACAAACGGUUGGGUGGAGGACCAGAUGAUGCUAAGGAAAUAAUGAGACACAGCUUCUUCACUGGUGUUGACUGGCAGGACGUCUACGAUAAAAAGCUCGUCCCGCCCUUCAAGCCUCAGGUGACGUCGGAGACAGACACCAGAUACUUUGACGAGGAGUUCACAGCCCAGACCAUCACCGUCACUCCACCAGAGAAAUUUGACGAGGACGGGAUGGAGUGUCUGGACAACGAGAGACGGCCGCACUUCCCACAGUUCUCCUACUCGGCCAGCGGGCGGGAAUGAUCAGUCCGUCACGCGGGUGACGCCGUCACAGCUGAUCUCUGAGGUCAUCAGUGUGGGACAAAAACAAAGACCCACAGCUUUGGACUGACCCGAAACAAACAAUGACUUGAAGGAUUUAGCCCUUCCCCUCCUCUUCUUCACCUCUCUACCCAUUAAUUUAUUCUUAUUUUGUGAAUCCAUCUCUAGAAAGAAAUUCCAGGCCAAAUUUCCCUCUAAAUCCUGCACUGCAUCCCCAGGUGAUCCGAGCUGUGAUGUGAUCACUUACUAUGUAAUGUCCCUUUAAUGACAGGAGCAUCACCGGUGGCCUGCUGUGCUUUGACGUAUGUGGGUCCAGACAAACGUAAAACAAGCACCUCUGAUCAAGUUAGACGACAGCUGAUGGAUUUUUUUUUAAAAAGGAGACGUUUUUUGUGGCUUCCCAUCCGUACGAGGGAGAUACAGCGUUUUAAGUCGUUCGAACCCAAAACUGCCGUUUCCGGUUGUAUCUCAGGCUUUUUGCAAACCGAUUCUCAGACUCAGCGAGACGCUCGGCUCUGAUUUCACGUCCUUACGUAGAUAAUACAUCUGGGAUUGACUGAGGCUGCCUGGCAUUGAGGAAACAGUUGUCGCCGACGAGCAGAAUCCUGCACACCUCGUGUCACCGAGCAGGAUUUGACUCAGGUUUUGCUCAGUGCAAUUCAUUAUUAUUGUUGCUGCUAUUUCAACUUCUACUACAACUACUACAGGUACUACUGCUAUACUUCUAAAACCCGGUGCUACACUACUAGCUUGAUGCUGCAGGUCAUUACACAGGCGCCAGCAACACAUCAGCCACCUGUAUUCACGUCCAUGCUUGUACAGCUGCAGCACAGACGUUACCACGACAGGUCUGUAGAUCGAGAUGAUGGGAUGUGAUGUGAUGUGUGUGUGAGUGUGUGCGAGGUACUAUUAUGAUUGUCGUCAUUAUUAUUGGUCUGUGUUGAAGAUCGCACCUCAAAGCACAGCAGCUCAGAAGGAUGAAGCUCCCAAACCGUGAGCUUUACUACGUUACCCACAAUGCAGUGCAAGGUGGUUAAUAUAUCCGGGAUUGCAGAGGUGAAAAAGGAGAGGAUGGUUUUAACGACUUGCCCCCCCCCCGACCCCCCUUCCCCAGAGUUCUUUCUCUUUUAUUUAUUUCUCAAACAGCUACGAGUCCCUCUGAGUUUCAGUCUCUGUCACAAAAGGGAAAAAACAACCUGAGAGGUUGCUCAGCGUGGACGACGGAAAGCUUUACUGUGACAUAUUGUUAUCAUGGCUUUGGGAAGCACACGGCUGUGCCUGUGUGUGUCACUGUGCAGGAAAGGGAAACCGCAGCAGGGACAGACUCACCGCAGUGUGAAGAGUAGAGUCCAGGACGGCAGGUCCACAGUGAUGAGCAGAGAGAGAGAGAGAGAGUGUGUACAGGUAAACGGCUCCAUGAAUGAUACAAUAUGAGAUAUUUACAAUGUGAUAUUUUAUGAGGUGUCCACGAGCGAGGUAACUGUCAAUCUCCUGUUUCCUGUGACUUCCUCACGAAGGAUUUAAAAAGAUGUGCUCGACGAGGUGGUUCGCAUCAAAGGUUUUGGGUUUACACCAAUCACAGCAAAGGCUAUAAUAUAUAUAUGUUCUAUUUAUUGUUCUACUCAUCGGUUUUAUAUUUAACUUUUUCUAUUGUUAUGACGUUAUUCUAGAGAUAAUUAUUUCUUAGGGCUGAGAGAGAGAAAAAAAAAAAGAAAAAAGGCACCUCAAGAAACAAAAAUGGCUGAAGAAUGUAGGAGGGAAAGCAGAUCGCCUUCCUGCUCCAUCGUUUAUCUUAAUGUCUGUGUGUUGUUUUCUGACCAAAAUGUGACGGGACGCGUGGAAGACGACGAGAGUUUCACUGUGAGCAGAUAAACAAAAAAAAAGAAAAAAGGAGAGGAAACGAAUUCCUUCUUCAACUUUAUCCAAAUCCUCCCACAGGCGUCGAGCGUGAAGGCUCGCGUCACCCGACACUGACACGAAUGUCCGCCAUCUUUAAUCUGGUCACAGGUUCGAGUCGGCGAAGUUCAGAGAGAAAGACGAAAGAGGAAGUCGAGUGGAAAAGAAAAGAAAAAACGAGUGCAGCACAGAAUGUAAAGCAGGAAGUGAGGGAAAGAGUUUCACGACUAAGUGCGUGGAGGUGAGCGAGAGGAGGAAGUGGAAGAGGAGGCACGAGGGGGUUUGAAGGUCAGCGUUUGUCGGAUAUUCACACGAGACUCUCCUCCAUCUUUUAACGCGUCCCGACAUUUCUCCGGUCCUGUUUGUUUUUUGCGAUUGUUUUGUCGUCAUUUGUCUUCCAGUUUGACCAACAACGAUUUUUAAACUCCGGGCCGGUUUGAGCCACGAGCUCCAAACUUUGACAUCCAGCACUUAAGAGUAAAAAAAAAAGAAAAUCGGAGAUAUAUUUUUCAAAAAUCCAAAAUAGCGUCACGUUGGAAGACGUCAACGACAAAGAGGACGACGUGAAUUAAAAACGCAGGGGGACGUGCUCUCAUUAGAAAACUGCAUUCCACUCUUAUUUAUGUGAAUGUUUUUAUGAUCGUUGGAUAACUUGAAUUUCUCUUUUCUGUUUAAUUUAUUUGAUGUGAGUUUAGCAGUGAGGGGGCGUAGUCGUGUUUCUCUCUGCGGUUUAAUUCUUCAGAGACUCUGUUCUAAAAUAAAUGCCUCCGUUGUUU